GCCGCCUCUUGUUCCUCGAUCGCGGGAGGUCGGGUAAGAUCCACGGGCGUUUCUGUUAGGGCUGAUCGGUCUCCUAACAAAACAUAUGCAAACAUACGCGUCUGUGUAUAUAUGGUAUAGUCCUCACCGAGGACUACAAAAUAGUAUAUGCAACGUACGUAGAGAGGACUUUUGGCUACUAAUAUAUGCAGAGUCCAGAGUGGAAACCACCGAUACUACACCGUAUAUUUUCCCUUGCGACGGAAGACCUAAAAAAAAAAGAAAAAAGGGAAAGCAAGAUCGAGCUUAGCGACGUACGGUUCACCGAUGGAGGUCCAUGGCGAGUCGUACAAGUCCUGGGCAUGGUGGCUGGACGCACUGCAGGCGAUGAGGAGGACAUACUCCAUCCCCAUGGACGCCAAGGAAGCGAGGAUAUGUGCGGAGGUAGCGGAGGCUAUGAGGAAGGAGAUGGCGGCGGCGCUCACAUUGGAGGGAAUUAGGAAGGGUCGGCUGAUGAGGUGGAUCGGUGAGACGCAAGACCCGAAGGCGCUCAGAGCGGCGGUGGAGAAGGCGCGCAGGAUGGAUCGGCUGGAGGAGGAGCAGGUGGCGGUGGACAGGUGGGCCAAGACCAAGGACCCCGAAGCAGCGACGUACCGGCGGCAGCUGGAGAACGAGCGGAGCGAGAUGUGCUGGAGAAUGACGACGGAGGAGACAUCCGGCGACACCGAGGACUGGUCGGAGCCUUGUAAUUAUCGCAGUAAAUGGAGGUACAUAUACGAAGGCCGCCGCGGCACCUACGAGGACACCACGGAUGUACCGGCCAUGCGUUUCACGGACGACGACCGAGCAAAGCAAAAUUGGGACGUUGAGCUGACGGGAACUUUGCAGAUAUUUUCCUUCAAAGUCGCCGCAAUAGCAGAGGAGUUGCGGUGGCCGCUUGAUGUGUAUGGCUUGAUCGCCAUAAGAGACCACCUCGACCGUCGACGAAAUAUUAUCUAUGCCCGCGCAAGGGAUAAUUGCCAGACUAUCACACGUGAGGAUCCAUAUUUAAAACUAGUGGGUCCAACUCGUGCUGCUGUGCUAUCACAAGUAUCUGAUUCUGUGCGCUUUGAGGUUGUGUUGAAAGUGAAGAGCGGCAGUAAUGAAUCUGAUGAUAAAGAUUUAAGCUUUUUAGCUUCAAAGUACAGAACAUUCAACACAAGUUAUUCGCGUGUGAUUUGCCGUGUUGUUUCCAGCAAGCUUUCCAAACUACAGUGGAGAUACGGCCUUCUUGCCAAAUCUGUGGAGGCUACAAUCGGUAUACAAGUUAUUCAUGGGCCAUGGCCAAAUGGUUGUAGAGGUAUAUUUAGUGCAAGUACCACUAGUCUAGAUGGCAUGAAAGUCACACUGCUCUCUCUUGAAGAUGACAAGUUGCCGAUAAAUAUUGAUGGUAUGAUCAAUGUUUCACGCCAUGUUGUUUGCGUUGAAAUUGAUGGACAACUGAAGAUUUCUAUUACAGCAGAAUAUGAAGACGGCGACCAAAUUACUAUAAAAGAUGAAAUAAUUUUUACACCUAAGGAAUAUGGUAGAAGCUCUGCUGUUCUUAAGGUUCACUCAUGUCAGAUGAAAGUCAUUGUUGCAUGGUCACUUGUUUGCUGUUGUUGAUCUCCAGACACAAUAGUGCACUACGUGUCCUAGAUAUGGGUUUUAAGAGUGUAUCCCACCAUUAAAGUAUUAUCGUAGACUAUUGUUCUGUUUACUAGUCCGAUAACGUUGCGUCAAUGGAUUAGUCCUAUAAUGUUGUCUCGAUGGAUUACAGUCCCUAGUGAUAGGACCAAUAUAGAAAAUUGGUUAUCA